CAGUCAGUCACUGAAUCAUGACUUAGUUUCUCGAAACUUCCGAUUUCUUACUGGAUCAUUCUUCUGCUUCUUUUUCUUCGUUUCUUCUCUUCCAAUCUCUGGCGGAGGUUACUCUUUCUCCCGGCGGCGACCUGCUUCUUCUUCCGCUCUUCGUCUCCGGGGAUCGCAUCUCGUCUUCUUUGCGUAACUAGAAUAGUCCAUUUUUGUUGUUUGACAAUUAAAAUGGAAUUGUGUGACCAAUCUGUUAGUCAACCAAGUGCAAAAAGGGAAUCUGAAGAUUUCACACAUGUAGCUGAAUCCGAAGAACCUACCUGUAAAAGGUGUAAACUAACAAUCUCUGAUUGUUGGAAUUUUUUCACCAAAAUUGGUGUUGGAAAGGAUGGAAGUGAAAGGGCUAGGUGUAAUGCUUGUCGAAAGGAAUUUAAAGUUGAGGAUCGUUUAGAUGGGACCGCGUUAUUAAUCCACCAUAUCGAACAAUGUGAUGAAAUUGAAGUUGAAGAUGCUCGUCAACUAGUUAAUGAUACGGAAGGGCAAUCAAAGUAUCCUGAGAUAUUCCAAUUGGUAUUACGUAAGAUGGCUGUUGCCAUGGUACUUGAGAGUGAUUUUCCAAUAGGGGCAUUUUAUCGAGGGCCCUUUCUAAGGUGGGUUCAAUAUUUGAAUCCAAAUGUAAUGCCCAUCUCUAGUGAUACUAUUAGAGCUGAUGUGUUGAAGAUUCAUAUGAGAGAGAAGGAGAAGCUUAAACAAACACUAGCAAGUAUUCCUAAUAGGAUUUGUCUAACUUCCUAUCUAUGGACAACUUGUACUACUGAGCUUUAUAUAUGUUUGAGUGCACAUUUUGUUGAUUCAAACUGGAAGUUGAAUAGCAAAAUUCUUGAUUUUUGCUACAUAUCUUGUCCUUACAGUGGAUUUGAAAUACCUUCAGAAAUUCAAGAAUGUUUGAGGGAGUGGGGAAUAGAGAAAAGGAUUUUUUCUCUCACUUAUGACAAUGAUCCAGACAAUGAUGGCAUGCAAGAAAAUCUGAAAACUAAUUUGUCUGUGGAAAACUGGUUGUUAUGUGAUGGAGAGUUUUUUAAUGUGAGAUGUUGUGCCCAUAUUUUGGAUCUUAUUGUGCAAGAAGGAUUGGAAGCAUGCAAUGAUGUAUUGGACAAGAUUAGGGAAAGUGUUGCAUAUGUGACGGCAUCAAAGAGUAGGAGGAUAGAGUUUAAAAAAUGUGCUGGAACACUCGGUGGUAAAGCCACCAGGCUUGAAUUACGUCGAGAUAGUCCUACUAGAUUGAAUUCAACCUAUUUGAUGCUUGAAUGUGCUGUCAAAAAACAGAGUGCAUUUGUCAACUUUCAAGUGAACGAUCAUGGUUUUAAGUGCUGUCCUUCUGUGGAAGAGUGGAAAAGAGCCGAAAAGAUGUAUAAAUUCUUACUUCCUGUCUAUGACAUUAUGAAAUUGUUUUCCGACACAUCAUAUCCCACUUCCAACUUAUACUUUUUACAAAUUCACCAAAUUCAACUGACCCUGCAAGAAAGUUUAAAUAGUGAAGAUGAGACGAUAAGGAGUGUGGGAGAAAAAAUGCUGAUAGAAUUUAAGACAUAUUGGGAGGAGUAUAGUGUUGUGCUUGGACUUGCAGCAGUUCUUGAUCCCCGGAUUAAGCUUUCUUCUUUGGAGUUUCUCUUUUCAAAAAUUGAUCCUUCUACAAGUCAUGAGAAGACAGAGCAUGUGAAAAGAAAGUUGUAUAAGCUUUUUGAGGGAUACACAAGCAACAACAACAUUCCCUCUACUACUUCCAAUGUGCAGAGUGCUACUCCAACUCGUUCCCAUCCUGCACCAUCAAGUUCAGCUGGAUUAAAUGAAAUGAAGCAGAGAAUGUUUGGUGCAUUGAAACAUCAUGAACUUGCACUAAGAGUUGGAAAGAGUCAACUUGAUGUCUAUCUGGAUGAACCAAAUUUAAACUUUGAUUAUUAUGAGGAUUUGGAUGUACUGGAAUGGUGGAAGUAUACUCAGAAACGCUUUCCAGAAUUAUCAAAGAUGGCUUGUGACUUGUUGAGUAUUCCCAUUACCAGUGUGGCGUCUAAGUUUGAUUUUAGUAUUGGUGCUCGAGUUCUUAGAAAGUACAGAAGCUCAACACUGUCAAAGAAUCAUCAAGCUUUCAUUUGUAGUCGAACUUGGUUGUGUGGUUUUUACUGUAAAGAUGAAGAUGAAGAUUUAUGUGAUUGUGAUGAAGAUCAAUGUGAAUGGGAUUGUGAUGAAGAUGAAGAUGAAGAGGAAGAUGAAGAUGAAGAUGAUGAUGAUGAUGAUGGUGCUCUAAAUGGUUGAAGAGUUGGAUCAUCCGUUUACAUUUGCAAUUUAUUACAAUCAUGCUUUCUAGAUAGUUAUUUUGUCCCUAACUUUUGGGUUUUGGUUUUUGGUUAUGAUUUCUCAGAAACUCAACUAAUUUUGUUCAGGAGUACCGUAUGAACAAGUGAAGAGGUUGUUUGGUUUU